GUUUGUACUCGUUCAUGAGUUAACAAAUAUGUUAUAUGAUUGAUUUAUAGGACUAGUAACGAUGAGGAUGAUGAAGAAGUUCUCGUGGUGUCAAGGAAUUACGUGAAGGUGAAGAUGGAGGGUGUAGGAAUAGCUAGAAAAGUUAAUCUUAGCACGCAUCAUUCAUUUCACACUCUCAACAAAACUUUGUUGGACAUGUUUGGAAAAAGUGAUGAUGAUCAAAAGUAUGAACUGGUUUAUCAAGACAAAGAAGGUGAUUGGAUUCUUGCUCAAGAUGUUUCAUGGAGGUAUUUCAUUGAGUGUGCCCAACGCCUUAAAUUGCUCAAGAUCAGAGGAUAACUCAACUCAAACCUUCGUUCAUGUUUUAAUUGGAAGCCAAAUAUUAAGUUGUUUGGGUAUGUAAUAUAUAGACAAUCUUUUAGCUGUAUAUAGUAGUAGUUUGGUCAGUAUAUCUUGGUUGUCUAUCCUAAAAAUCCAUAUAUAAGAAGUCGAUUUUU